AUAAAUAGGAUGGUAAAAUGGAAUUGUGCAUGUGCAAAGUAUUUCAGAAGUAUUUACAACAACCAAUGUAUGUAUAUUUAUGUUUCACUCUAAGGUGUGUGGGAUACAUUUUCCUGACGGACAACCCACAAGAGAAAAUCCAUAUCCUGUGUUGUUCAUGGGCUAUGAUUGUCGUGUAACUCCAGCUAGACCUCCACCCAAAAAAAGAUGUCUUCAGCCACUACACCUGAACUCAGCUAUUGAACCAAUGGAAACAGAUGUGGAUGUUGGAAAUUUGGAAAAUUUGCCUCUGCAAACACGUGAUGUUGGAAUCCAGUGGCCAGAUCACAUGGACCACAACUACAGUUUCAGCUGCGGUAACAAGCCGAUGAAGGACUGUGGCACUCAGACUGAUCCAACGCCAUCAGUGUCAGCGAAAAAUUUAAAUAACAAAGACUUUAUAUUUCAUACAGGUUUAUGUGCUGACAGUUUCUGGCUACUUUUGCGAGCCGUUCUGACUUUUUGCUCACAACCACUUAAUACCAAAUUGCCUGUCCAUGAACAAUUUUUGCUUGUUUUAAUGAGACUCCAUUUGGGUUUAUUGUUCACUGACUUGGGUAAACAAUUUGGAGUGAGUAGAACCACUGCAUCUGAAAUAUUUACAUUUUGGAGACCAAUCCUUGCAAGGUUUAUGAGGGAAAAGGUGAUUGUUUGGUUGCCCAGGGAUACGCUGAACAGAAUCAGGACAUUUAACAAAAAUUAUCCUAAAGCCACAUGCAUCAUUGACUGCACUGAGGUCUUUGUACAAAGGCCAAAGAACUUAAGAAAAAGAUCACAAACUUACAGCAAUUACAAACAUCAUAACACAUACAAACUCCUAUACUGUAUAGCCCCCAAUGGAUAUGUUAUGUUUGUAUCAAAACUUUUUGGUGGAAGGGCCAGUGAUAAUUUUAUCACAAAGAACAGUGGUUUUGUUCAUCACCUGAUCCCUGGUGAUGAGAUCUUGGCAGAUCGUGGAUUCACCAUCAAGGAUAUUUUGCCUCCAGGUGUAAGUCUAGCUCUUCCUGCAUUCACACGUGGACGUAAGGAGUUAUCUGAACACGAGGUAACAUCCACACGUCGCUUAGCAAAUGUCAGAAUUCACAUUGAGCGAGCAAUUCGAAGACUGAAAGGUUUUAAGAUUUUAUGUCAUGUUAUCUCUGGUAGGUUGCAAAGUGUUGAUGAGAUUGUAAGUAUUUGUGCAGGGCUAUGUAAUUUGCAGCCUCUGUUAAUCCGUAACAGUACUGAAUAAAAAAAGGAAACACCUGAAGUAUGAGUGAGUGUGUGUGAUGUGGUUAUUAAUUUUGAGGCAAAGGAAGGUCACAGUAUACGAAAUAUUACUUUUUAUUUGAACAAAAAGUUCAACAAAGCAACCAUUUGUUUCAAACAACAAUGUAGAAGGUUGUACAUGUUUAAAUUGUGAAGAAAUGUCAAACUCUUGAUGCGUAGUAAGUUACCGUAGCAAUGCAGUGUGGAUAACAUGUAAUGUUUUAAACAAUGAACAAAUACUUAACUCUUGAUGUGUGUAUUACUCCUUUUGUCAUAUGCUCAUUAAUCAUAUUACUAACUACUUAAGCCCACAAAUUUUCAUAACCCCAUGUUCAAUUCUUGUUGCUACUGCUGGCAGCAGAUACUGAAAGUACACACUCUUAAGGUGGCAGAUUUUGGUACACGCCUUAAAACAUUAUCUUGUCAUUAAAUUACCUGCAUCAGUCAAUUUUGGCCACUGCCUGACGUCAUCUACCUAAUCUUCCCUUUCCUUUGCCAUUGUUUAUCUACCUGUCACCUGUGAUAUUCACGUGAGAGAUGCUUUCAUUGAAAAUCCAAUAGAGGGCAGCGGUAAGUCACAGUCCACAGCCACGCAGUAAUGGCGAUAGCCAAUAUGGCGGCGCCCGUAGAUUUCGCGGCGGAUUUGUGUAUAGAUGUCUCCUCUUUCUGUUCUGUUUCUACGGCACCAGUGUAGCUACAAAGCAGCUGUCAGCUCACGUCUGCCCCCUGCUGGUGAGGCAUGCCUCACCUGAAGCCGUUUCUGCAGGCCUAUAGCAGUGCUUCCAGGGCACGUCUCUGUAUUGAGUCCUACCAUCAGACAUGAGGCACAGCACUUCAGAGCCUCACCCGCAGAUUCAGCUCCGUCUGAGAUCGCGCAACACUCAAAUUUGGUGAUUUUAACCUCAGAAACGGUGGGAAAUUAUGGAAGCGAUUCUGUAGCA